AUGAACCAGGAACGAACCGAAUUUGAUUAUUCAUCGCUUCGUCUUGCUCCACUGCAGUAUACAUUCGAAGGCCCCGAAAUGUACGCUAUGGAGGAGCCCGCUGCAGCGCGUCAAAAUUCAUACGCCGAACUGACGCCUCUUCCUGACUUAUUUUUCCCGGAACGGACAAACUCAUCGCAGGCUGUAGAAGAGGAGAAAGCAAAGCAGAACUGUGGCGGAAGCGUUGUAUCCCAUGAAUUGAACUGCGAUUCCAGAUAUAAUUGCUGUUGCCAAACAAAACAGGGUGAUGCCACCGCAGUUCCCUCGGAAUCUGCAUCAUCAGACGACGAAGAAGCCAGCUCAUCGUGCAGCAGUGAUGAGGAGGACUACGGUGGCUAUUCCGGCAGCGAGGAUAUUUCCGAGAAGAGACUGCACUCCCUUGCCAGUAGUCAUCGUCGUCGGCGAAAGCGGAAAACAUCAGCUCAGCGGCUUCCAUCACCGUGUGGUGCUAAGAAGUGUUGCCUGGGAGAGCGUCAAUUGACGGGUUUCAUAUCGGUGUUCAAUUCGGGUCUCAGUGUUGUUGCCGAUCAGCUGCUAACACGACCAAGUCCGUCCCCUGUUCCCACUCUUCAGCCGGCUCCGAAGCAUCCAUUUAUGCACAUUGCGUGUAACCCGCUGAUCUGUUAG